GCUUUCUUUCUGAGUCCUGUCUGUUGUUAGACUCUUUUAGUGUUCACGCUUUUGUCCAAUGAACAAUAAUGACGUUUGUAUUUUAGAGCGCCAUGCUUUUGGAUGGGAAAUCUGCAAAGAGGGAGAAGAAGAAGCAAAGCAAGAAAUGCCCUCCCAGCCCAGCCCAAAUGCCGAGGGAUGGAUAGUGUGUCUGCUAUCGGCGGGACCAUGGUCGAGAGUGGCGAGAAGCCGGAGAGGGACGGCGGCGGCGGCGGCGGCGCAGGCGACGCGGCCAUGGCCGCGCUCCACCAGUGCGAACUGAUCCAGAACAUGAUAGAUAUCUCCAUCUCCAGCUUGCAGGGGCUCAGGACCAAAUGCGCCGCGUCCAACGACCUCACGCAGCAAGAAAUCCGCACGCUGGAGGUGAAGCUUGUGAAAUACAUCUGUAAACAGCUGCAGUGCAAGCUAAAAGUGCCAGAGACCGAGAGGCCCGACAACCUGGACAGCUAUCCUCACUUGCGAGACUGGCUCCGCACCAUCAAUUUACCACCAGAACUCAUCCAGGCAGUGGAAGCGAAGUUCUCCCUGGAUGCCUUACUGCAGAUGACAGGUGCUCAGGUGAGGGACAUAAUGCGCAGGCUUGGCUUCACUUCAGAAGAAUGUGUCCGACUAAAUGCUGCCCUCUCCUGCCUAAAGAGUGCAACUGAAGCCGGGGGUGAACUGAAGGAAGACUGUACAACUUGGUUGUCUGACCCCACCAGGAGGGACAGUGGCUCUCUCCUGACUGCAGAUCAGCUUUCCGGCCUGGGAAAUCCGCUCCGGCCGCACAGUCCCUCGCCUCUCGCCCGCCCAUCCACCAUCCAUUCAACUCCCUCCACUCCGUGCGCUACUUUUCCUCAUCCCCGCUCGGGCUCGGUGUCAGCGGUCUCCACUCCCGAAGCGCAGACGCCGCACUUCUACGGUGAAAGCCCCCUCACCAGUGCGUUCCCCGCGUCCUUGGCCCGCUCCGUCCAGCUCCACGGGCGCACUUCCACACCACCUAUAACGCCACCGUCAAAGCGGCGUCACCGCCUGAAGCCUCCGUGCACCCCGCCCCCUCCUUCAAGGAAAGUCCUGCAUCUGCUCCCAAACAUCACCCUCACGCGCAGCAAAAGUCAUGAAUCGCAGUUGGGCAACCGUAUAGAAGACUCGCUCACCAACAGAUGUGUCAAAAAGAACAAAAUCCUUUUGAAUAUGCAAGUCAACGGCAAUGGACACGAGGAGACGCCUUCUCGCUACCCCGGUGUUCCUGUCCGAACCCCCGGCGUGCCCUCUGCUGCGACCACCAGGCCUUACACCCUCCCUGGUACACCCACCCUGUUGGAAGAACAUAGGGUCAUUAAGAACAACAAACCAAUUCACCGCAGCUCUCCGCAAGCAGUGAGGAGGGACAUAGGCCUUGCAGUCACACACAGGUUCUCCACGAAGUCGUGGCUCUCCCAGACAUGUCAGGUGUGUCAGAAGAACAUGAUGUUUGGGGUUAAGUGCAAACACUGUCGAUUAAAGUGCCAUAACAAAUGCACAAAGGAAGCUCCAUCCUGCAGAAUUUCUUUCCUUCCAAUUGCCAAAAUUCGGAGGACAGAGUCCGUGCCAUCCGAUAUAAACAACCCAGUGGACCGUCCUCCUGAACCGCCGCAGUUUGGUACACUCCCAAAGGCCAUCACCAAAAAGCAGGAUCAUCCUCCAGUCCUGAACCAGCUCGACUCCAGCAGUAAUCCGUCCUCCACGACCUCGUCCACGCCCUCCUCCCCGGCUCCCUUCCAGCAGAGUAACCCUCCCAGCGCCACGCCGCCGCCCAACCCCUCGCCCAAAGGCCAUCGGGACACCCGCUUCAACUUCCCAGCUGCCUGCUAUUUUCAGCAUAGACAGCAGUUUAUCUUCCCUGAUGUCUCCAGCCCUGCUACUUUACAUCCUGAUAUUCUCCAAGAUACUGUCAGUGAGAUUGAACAAACGGUGGAGGACGGACAUGCUGAUCGAGUUGAAGAUGAAGAUCAAGAGGAAGGAGAGGACGACAUUGAGGUCGAAGACGAAGACCCUGAAUUGGACGAGUACAACGAGGAGGAGGAGGAGGAUGUUUGUGAUGAAGGUGAGGAAGAGGAGGACAGCGAGGAGAUCCGGAUGAACGUGGGCUCUGACGGAGAGUGUGAAGGUGACAAGCUGGACGAUCUGCCCUGCUCGCGGGGGAACCAGUGGAAGGUCCCCAUCUCCCGCAAAGCCAGCCAGACCAGCGUCUAUCUGCAGGAGUGGGACAUCCCUUUUGAGCAGCUGGACCUUGGAGAACUCAUAGGAAAGGGCCGCUGGGGGAAGGUUCAUAAAGGCCGGUGGCACGGCGAGGUGGCGAUUCGACUCCUGGAGAUCGACGGCAACAAUCAGGACCACCUGAAGCUCUUCAAAAAGGAAGUGAUGAACUACAGGCAGACCAGACAUGAGAACGUGGUGCUUUUCAUGGGGGCUUGCAUGGCUCCGCCCCACUUAGCCAUCAUUACGAGUUUCUGUAAAGGGAGGACGCUGUAUUCAGUUGUCAGGGAUACUAAAAACACUUUGGACAUCAACAAGACAAGACAAAUCGCUCAAGAGAUUGUCAAGGGAAUGGGAUAUUUGCAUGCGAAAGGCAUUGUCCACAAAGACUUGAAGUCGAAGAAUGUCUUUCACGAUACCAACAAGGUCGUGAUUACGGACUUUGGGCUUUUCGGGAUCUCUGGUGUGGUUCAGGAAGGGAGGCGAGAGAAUCAACUCAAACUUCCGCACGGCUGGAUUUGUUACCUCGCCCCGGAAAUAGUCCGCAAGAUGAGUCCGGGUAACAACGAGGACAGACUUCCUUUCUCCACUGCGGCAGACGUGUACGCCUUCGGCACCAUUUGGUACGAGCUCCAAGUAAGGGACUGGCCGAUCACAAACCAGCCAGUAGAAGCAACAAUCUGGCAGGUUGGCAGUGGAGAAGGAAUAAAAAAGAUCCUGUCGGAGGUCAGCCUGGGGAAGGAGGUCACGGAGAUCCUGUCGGCCUGCUGGGCUUACGACCUCCGGGAGCGGCCGCCUUUCACCCAGCUGGCCGAGAUGCUGGAGAAGUUGCCCAAACUCAACCGCAGGCUGUCUCACCCAGGACACUUCUGGAAGUCAGCAGAGUUGUAGCGGCAAAUCUAAGCAAUGCAACACAAAGUCUGGGUCUGCCUUGCAUGCAUCCGAAUCCUUAACACCUGCAGGAUUGUUCUAAGCAUUGCCUCCAACGCUCUCUACUUACACACACACACACACACACACACACACACACACACACACACGUAGAUACAUAUUCAUUUUCUCUGUCCACCCACUACUCUUGUUUGAAAAGUAAGUGACAGUGGGCUGAGGUGUAGCACUAUUUUUCGCUUCCUCUUCCCUUCCCUUUGUACGUGUCCGGUUGCAGUUAUUGUGGUUUUGACCACAUGACUGACGCACACGCCACAGGAUGUUUUAAAUGCACCCAUGAAAUCGCAAAGCGAUCUCCCCAAGGUUUGACACACGCUAGGCAGACCGCUUGCGUGAUGUGCUCAAAGUGUCCCCGUUCAUGAGGUUUCCUUUUUUAUCAGUGAUUGCAUGUCUUUUGCAAAAUGUCCUUUUUUUGCAGGGUUUUUAAAAAACAUUUAUUUUUGUUUACAUUUACUUGAUUUUUGCUCUUUGCUGAGCCUUUCAUUGCAGUGUUUUGCAGCAAGAAAAACUACAUUUUUCUUUUUAUUCUGUACUAAUUUGGUGACCAGUCCAUACUGGCUCAUUGAUUUAUUUUUUCAUUAUUAUUUUUCUUAAUUAAUGACAUAUCCCCUCCCACCCUCUUCUUCACUUCCAGGGAAAGAUAAACAUGCUGGAUUUUUUUUUUCAAAGCUGUCAAGUGCACCUUAUAAGAAUAUAAUUUUUUCAAGCAACAAAUUGAUUUCAGGAAAAAAAACAACAACAGAGAAAUCAGGAACGUGGUGCAGUUGUCCUCUCUCUUCCUCAAACGCUCGCUCAUGUUUUUUUUUUUAAAAGUUCUACUUGGAAAGUGUUUCUGUGUGUAUGUUUGAGUGUUGGAAAAUGCUGAGUUAAUUUCUGUUCAUUUUGUGUUGCAAAUCUGUCAAGUACUGUGAAUGAAUUAUUUAAUGUACAGCAAUUUCUGAUGAACUAAUAUUUGUACAAACAUUUUUUUAUGUAAAAAGGAUCACUCCCUCUCCCCUCUUUUUUUUUUUUUUUUAAUACGGCCCACUUCCGCCGAAACAGAUGUGUAUAUAUAUUUAUAUUUUUGUCAUGUAUAAAGGCUGGACAUUUUUUUAAAUGGGCCAAAAUGUGUUGUUUUUUUUUUAUGUUGUAAAAAAUGAAUAUUUUUGUAUUGCAUGUGAAGACCAUUCUGUACUCGCAGGUUCUGUUUUCAUCCAUGGAAGACAAUAAAAUGAGGCUCAUCAUGUAACUCUUGUAACUUGUAAAGUUAGGCCGUUUUGGACAACAUUAUCAUUCUUGAAUUGAGGGGUGGCGCUUCAAUCUGUCAGGCCACACCCCAUUGUCAAAAGAAACAACGUACUUUGCAGCCAUUUUGUGGCAUCCAUAGCCAAUUUCCUCUUGGAGUAAUCUUCGAAUAUUGCCUCACUUCAAAUUUCUCCAGAUGUUUAUAUAGAAAAUUGCAACAUACAGCAAAGGCAUUCCCACCCAAAAAAAAUGUCAGAAAUUUGUAGAAAUGCUACCAUUUUUUUAAACAUAUUUUUCUCUACCGUAAAGGAAAAAGAAUUGAAAAUGAGCUAAAUGUUCUGCCUGGAAUUUAUUAUGAUUGGAACUAGAAAGUACAUUUGACUUUGUUCUAUUUUUCUACUUUCACUUGAGGGGGCUGAAUGGGUACUGCUUUUACCACAGUAUUAUAUCAUUUUCCACAAGAAUCUGUACAGUAGAACGUGUGUACUUUUUUCCACCUUUGCAGUAUUUGCAAGGGCAGUCUACUCAAUCAUUAAAUGGAAGAAAAUGCAAAAGGACAAUUUGUGAUUUGUCACGGUCGAGUGGAGAAAGAGGACAUUUCAUGUCUACUCUAAGAUCUCCCCGUCAAGGUCACGUGACCGACUAGCGCCUGCUCCUGAUCCGUGGAGUGUGCAAAUUUCCCUCCCUCCCUUCUUAUCGGUCAAUGUUUCUCAUUUUACUGACACUCUUGAUUGAUUCCUGGCCAAAAUAACUGUCGAAGCGGCAAGGUGAAACGCAAAGUCUUUUUGUUUUGUUGCCGGUGAAGCUUUAAAGUUUUGUCUGAAAAGGAGAUGAUGACCACCAAGUGCUGCAGAUUACGACACCCUGAUAAAUGUGCCAUUCUGAAAUGUCCAAUCGAUAUUUGGAUGCCCCAAUUGCAACCUGCCCUCUGCUCUUGGGUUUUUGUGCCACCUAUAGUCGGACACAGCCGUGCUUUCAUCUU